AUGUCGGGACCAGCAUCCACGGCUUAUUCCGGAAGAACUUUUGCUUUGUUUGUUCAUAUGACAGAUGCGUAUCCCCAAAAGGCACCGGCGGUCCGCUUCAUCACACCAGUGCUUCAUCCAAAUGUAUCCAAGCAUGGUAGAAUAUGUCACGAAAUUUUCGAUGAUGGAUGGAAGUCAAGCUUUCACAUUCACGACAUCUUGAAGACUGUAUUCACCCUAUUCGAGAAUCCAAAAGCUAGUUGCGAUUCUGCUAUUGAUGAGCUAGCAACGCUGAAGUUCUGGACCGACCGAGAGACAGCUGAUGCGGAAAUCAAGAAAUAUGUAACCAAAUUUUCCACACGUACUAGACUUCAAUGGAAGACAGAAAUGGAUUCGACAGUUUGA